CUCCAAGUUAUGAAUGUUCAAAGUUGCAGUUUAGUUGAAAAGUGCCAAAAAACUGGUAUUUUUCUCUUUGUCAUUGAUGGAAGUUAUUGUUAGUAAACAGUUUUUUAUGUAGAAACGCAGAAAUAAACAUGCUAAAUUUUAAUAUCAUUCCUGUUAUUGGAAGUAUAUUAAUUUGUGAUCCAAGAGUAGACAUCAAGAUUUAACUUUAGUCUUGAUUUGUGAAAAGAACUAAAUCAGAAUAUGUUUGAGAAAAUCCCCAUUAAACAUUCACCAAGGGUACAAUUUAAUACCAAAAGAAAAGUUAUUACUAUUUCACAGCUUUGAAUCUGUGAUGGAAGUUUUUUAUGAUAAAAAGUAUAGAGAUUUACAGGAAACCAAAAGUUUGCUGUCUGAUUUCAAAAGCAAGUGUCUGGCUCGGCACUAUGAAAUGGCAGUGAAAGGCAAGACGAGGAAAACCGUUCAUUGUAAUUGAAGGAAACCAGAGAACCAGCAGGAAGAUUGUAGCAAGACGGGUGGCAAGAAGACUGAGUGCUACAUACCUGUCUAACCCCCCAUUGUGCCUGGUCAAACUGACUAACAUGUUUCCUUUCGGAUCUGUACUACGCAGAUCCUACUUCGGCCUCUGCAUGUACGCGACAGCGAGACAUGUUCACUGGCUAUACAACCGUUGGCCAGUCGUACUCAAUGGUUACUACUAUGAUCAAGCAUCAUUUUCAAUAGCGCAAGUUUACGCCAAUAUAACUCUUCCUCCUGAAAAUGACAUUCUUUAUUCUUGGCCACAGGACUUGCUCAAGCCAGACAUUAUUUUUUACAUUGACUUUCCUGACAAUCUUCAUAGAAACCCAAUCACCACAAGGCACCCAUCUUCUUGGAAACCGAGGAUGCUAGAAGUGUACAAAACAAUCAACGACUCAUCUGUCAUUUACGUGAGCACUAAAAACGGAUUAGACUACGUUGAAGAUUUUGUACUUGACACUAUAACUAAGAAAUUGUCGGAAGAUCUUGAAUUUAAUGUUUAUGCUAAAGGAGAAGCACCAACAAUCAGACCAAAACGUUUUAGAUGGGUUAGUUAAUCAAUACUAACAAAAUAAAGACCAAAUUGUAUAUAAAUGGAGCUGUACUAGUACCUAUGUGUUUUCUUGAACAGCUGAGAUUUAUUUUUUUCAA